AAAAAAAAACAUAAAUUAAUGUAAGCGAGAUAUGUGUGUUUUGAACAAAUACUUUUAAAAGGGAUAUAACAAUUGGCCGCUGCUAUCAUGCGCUCACCCUCUCUUCUAUUUAAGUGCUAGGACCUAAGUAGUUUUUUACAACAUCAAUUUGCAGUCUAGCAACAAGUACACUCCAUCCUCCUAUCCUAUUAUUUACGUGAACUUCAUUUUGUGAAAAUGUCUAGCAAUCAUGGUAAGGUAGAGACUGAUGUUGAAAUCAAGGCUCCUGCUACCAAGUUCCAUGAAGUUUUCACACACAGACCGCACCACAUAUCCAAUGUCAGCUCUAACAACAUUCAGGGUUGUGAUUUACAUGAAGGUGAAUGGGGAACCGUCGGCUCUGUGGUCUACUGGAAUUAUUUCCAUGAUGGGAAAGCUAAAGUUGCCAAGGAGUUGAUUGAAGCCAUAGACGCUGAAAAGAAUCUGAUCACUUUCAAAGUGAUUGAAGGAGAUCUGCUGGAGCAUUACAAGAGCUUCAAGAUCACCAUUCACGCCACUCCAAAAGCUCAUGGUCAAGGCAGCAUCGUUCAUUGGACUAUGGAGUAUGAGAAGCAUCAUGGUGAUAUUGAGGACCCACAUACCUUGCUCCAGUUUGCAGUGGAUGUGUCCAAAGAUGUCGACGCUCAUCUUACAAGUGCCCAGGCAUAAUUAAUUAUAAUCAAAGGCUUGAUUGAGGCGGGCUUAUAGGAUCAUCUGUGAUUCUGUGCGCUUCCUAUAUAUCUACCAUCCGUUUGCUUUCUCGCUUGCAGAAAUAAACGCCUUCAAUCAAUGUUUAUAUCUUAAGUCUGUGUGGGCACUGGGCAACCUGAAACUUUCAUUUACUUGUGUUUGCCGUCCUUAUCUUAUAUGAUAUGGGCUAUGUAUCUUUUAUUAAUUCCAAGUUGGGGCUUCCUCAAUUGAUCUAGCGACUCAAGUUCACAAUUU